AUGUCGGCCGGGGCUCGUAGCCCGGAUGUAACUAUUGGCAACGUCUGGCCCGCGCCCGCGCCCGCUCCGCCGCAUCCGCCUCUGCGACCCAUUUUAGCGAAUAAACUCACCAGAGAUACGGCCCGAAAUUGCAUGCCUCCGCCGGGCCGCCUAAUUACCAGCCCCCGCGCCCCCGCCCAGCCUCCCCCGCGCCGCCGCCCGCCCCUCGCCUCGCCCGAGGAAACUUCUCGCCCGCCCGACCGCACGCUUCUGUCCGAUUUAAAUAUCGGA